AUGCCUGUGUUUCAUACGAAGACAAUCGAGAGUAUUCUCGAGCCGGUGGCUCAGCAGGUUUCACGUCUAGUGAUUCUACACGAAGAAGCGGAAGAUGGAAAUGCAAUGCCUGACCUUACUCGACCUGUCGGUCUUGUAUCGAAAGCUGUCGACAAUCUUAUUAAGGUUGGAUAUGACACCUGCAACUCUUCCGAUGAUCGCAUUCUACAGCAAGACAUGCCACCAGCACUUCAAAGAGUCGAACACAGUUCUCGACUAUUAGAAGAUGCUUGUCAUAUGCUUAAGUCCGAUCCGUUCUCAGUACCGGCCAGAAAGAAACUCAUCGACGGCGCAAGAGGUAUUCUUCAAGGAACCAGUGCGUUGCUGCUUUGUUUCGAUGAGUCGGAGGUUCGCAAAAUCAUUCGUGGCUGUCGCAAGGUGCUCGACUACCUCGCCGUCGCCGAAGUGAUAGAGAGCAUGGACGAUUUGGCGCAAUUUGUCAAGGAUAUCACUCCAUGGCUGUCACGAGUCUCAUCUGAUGUGACAAAUCGUCAAGCAGAACUCACUCAUCAAGUUCACAGAGAUAUACUAUGCCGAUGUUUGGAUCAAAUGCGAACGCUUUCACCUAUUCUGAUUUGUUCCAUGAAGAUCUUUAUUCAGCUCGGUCAGGAUCAAAAUCGUGGGCAAGCAGAAGCCGCUGAGAAUAGGAACUAUCUGGCACAACGAAUGACGGACGAGAUGCACGAGAUCAUUCGUGUUCUGCAACUAACCACCUACGAUGAGGACGAGUGGGAUGCUGACAAUGUGACAGUAAUGAGGAAGGCACUGUCGGCAGCCAAGUCGUUGCUGACAGCGGCACUUGACUGGUUGGCCGACUCAAGAGCUCAACCCGGGGCUGUCGGAGAAAAGGCUAUUCGUCGCAUUCUUGACUAUGCCGAUAGGAUAGCAUCUCGUGCACUGCCGGAAGACAGUUAUGCUAUCAAGCGUUCGAUAUCCGAAAUUCAAUCGUUAACUGAUGCGAUCUGUGAGUUGAGGGCUCAUGGCCGUUACGAUAACGAAGGACUAGCAGCAAGCUGUGCUGAAAAGCUCAAGGAACUUAUCGGUACCAAACACAGCUCUGGAAUCCUUCCAGACGCCUUACUGAAUGCGCAACGUAUUGGUGGUGCACAUCCAGCCCAUACGGCUGCUGGACGUCUCGAACAAGCACUCAGAUGGCUAGAUAACCCAGGAAUGGAUGAUGGUGGUCUCGGGCUUCGUGCAGUGAAGCUGAUGACGGAGGACGCACGUCGUCUUGCCGAUAGACUUAACCCACAAGAUCGUGCUCAUCUCUACGAUCUUUGCUCUGAUAUCGAUCGAUUGGCGAAUCAGUUAGCUGAUUUGGAACAACGUGGUCUUGGCAAUACUUCAGAAGCGAACGCUAUUCGUCAGCAGCUGAAAGACAAACUCAGAGGACUAGCCGAUUUUAUGAAGAGAAUUCUCACCGACAGAGUGGUUGAGGACUUCGCUGACAUCACUACACCGCUGAAGCAGUUCGUUGAAGCAGUCCAUGCCGAACCACACGUGCCAAAUAGGGAAGUAAACUUCUCCGAUAAGGCAGACCGACUCCGACAACAUUCUGGAAAUAUGACAUCCACUGCCAGACUGGUUGCAACGUGUGGCCCAUGCAAAAGUAAAAACACAAUUGAGGCCAUCAUCGACACUGCCGAGAAGGUUGAUCAGAUGACACCGCAACUGGUGAACGCCGGUAAAAUCCGGUUACACAAUCAGACUGACGCUGCCGAACAGCACUUCGAGAAUCUGCACAGGCAAUACGGUGACGCCUUGCAUCGUCUUCGUUCGCACGUCGACGAUGCCAUUGAUACGCAUGAAUUUGUUCGUGCUAGCGAGACGGCGAUGCGCCGUUAUACGAAUCGAUGUGAGGACGCCAUUGCGGACAAUUAUCCACAAGGAAUGGUCGACAACACUUCACAGAUUGCUCGUCUUGGUAACCGCGUACUGAUGUCAGCACAGAAUGAAGCCGAAAACUCGGAAGAGCCUGCGUUCUGCGAUCGGGUAAACAGUGCCGCUAACCUGGUACGCUCCGCUAUUCCUCCAAUGGUGACCCAAGCCAAACAAGUGGCUAUGAGCCCUCGCGACACUGGAGCUGCAAAUGCUUGGCGCAGCGCCAACGAUCGCCUGCUGGACUCAGUCCGAGCUGUCGGAGACGCGAUUGCUGGGCUUCAAAACGGGCGACAUUCGACCAACUAUCUGGACAGUCUCAACCGAGCUUCACCGUACCAACCGUCACAGGCAACGUCUCAAAUCAUGCGUUCCGUACCACCACAAGCACCCACACCUCCUAUAGUUCAUAACAAAGUUAUAAUUCGAGAGGAGAUUCCUGCACCACCAAGACCACCACCGCCAGUCGAAAUCAGCCCACCCCCACGACCACCGCCACCACCUGAAUACGACGAUGAAGAAGAGACUAGAGCGUUCUGGGAAAGGUAUCCGCUACCUCAAGCCAGUCAUCAGCCUAUUCUAUCUGCUGCCCAUUCAUUGCACAACGAGCUUAGGCAAUGGUCAAGCCAAGAGAAUGAAAUCGUAGCGGCGGCUAAGCGCAUGGCUAUUCUUAUGGCACGCUUAUCACAACUCGUACGCGGUGAGGGUGGGACGAAGAAGGACCUUAUCGAAUGCGCGAAAGCGAUCGCUGAUUCAAGUGAGGAAGUAACUCGACUAGCCGUCCAACUUGCCCGCCUUUGCACAGAUUUGAAAAUGCGAAUGGCUCUCCUUCAAAUGGCUGAACGUAUUCCGACAAUCGCAACACAACUUAAAGUGUGCUCCACUGUUAAAUCGACCAUGUUUGGUACUUCCAUGACUAUUGGACCAUAUGGAGAACAAGUUGACGGUAGUGAAGAGGACAUCGAAGCUAUGGAACAACUGGCGCAUAACGCUCAGAAUCUGAUGCUUGCCGUCAAGGAUACUGUGCGAGCAGCUGAAGCCGCUAGCAUUAAAAUCAAGACCAACUCCGGUCUUCGUCUUCGCUGGGUCCGAAAACCAAUGUGGUCAAAUUUCUAG